AUGUCUCCGCACGCUGUCCCCCAGCAGAACGGCUACGAUGAACUCCUGUCCUCCUUCAACGUCACCCGGAAUGGCUUCUUACCCGCAGAAGAGCCCCUAGCACGGAUUGCAAAUCCUUACUACGAGCCGUGGGAGCUCUUGAUUCAUAACCUCACUAGCCUCUUGUCAAACGGCACUCUCCGCCAGAGGGUCGAACGCCUCCCGAUAUUGUCCACAGAGAAGCUUAGGACAGAGGCAGAAUGGAGGAGGGCAUAUGUUAUACUUACGCUCUUGACCCAUGGAUAUAUCUGGGGAGGUGAAAAGGCAGCGGAGGUGCUUCCACCCCCGAUAACUGUUCCUCUUCUUUCCGUAUCCUCACAUCUUGAGGUGCCUCCUGUGGCAACAUAUGCUGCCCUCAACCUGUGGAACUUCUCCUCCUCCACAGGUGACUUCACCGACAUCGACAGCCUCCACUCACCACACACCUUCACCGGCACCAGGGACGAGUCCUGGUUCCUCUGCGUGUCCGUCGCCAUGGAGGCCCAGGGCGCCCGCGUCAUCCCCUUGAUGCUCAAGGCCAUCAACGCCAUCCCCUCCCGGCACCUCGCCACUAUCACGGCCGCCCUAGAACAGCUGGCAAGCAGCAUCAAGAAAGUAGGCGCCCUUCUGGACCGAAUGCGCGAGCAGUGCGACCCCAUGGUCUUUUACCACCGCAUCCGGCCGUUCCUGGCAGGCUCCAAGAACAUGAGCGGCGCAGGCCUGCCCAGGGGUGUGUUUUACGACGAGGGCGAUGGCCGCGGGUCCUGGCAGCAGUGGCGCGGCGGCAGCAACGGGCAGUCCUCGCUGAUUCAGUUCUGGGACGUGGUGCUGGGCGUGACGCAUACUUCAGAAGGCAGCAACAACCCUCAUGCCCAGGUGGGCAAGCCCGAGGAGAAGAGUUUCCACGAGGAAGUGCGCGAGUAUAUGCCGGGCGGGCACAGGCGGCUGCUGGAGCAUGUCGGGCGCUGCGGGAGCAUACGGGCCCUGGCUAUGCUGCCGACGAGCGGGCCGGACCACGCAAGGAUGCAGGAGGCGUACACGGUUGCCGUCGGGACGCUGACCGAGUUUAGGAACAAGCACCUAGGGAUAAUUACGAGCUACAUUGUCAUACCAUCUAGGAAGCCGUGGAGUGACCAGCCCGAUGACAAGAGGGCGGCGGUGAACCUAGCCACCGCGUCGUCUCGGCAGCAGAGCGAGAAGAAGGGUGCUGGCAAGGAAUCGGCCGACAAGGAGCUGACGGGCACGGGAGGGACUGCUCUGCUGCCGUUCCUGAAACAGUCGAGGGACGAGACCUCGGAGGCUGGAAAGAUGGUUAGGGAACGUAUGGCGCAGGCUGGACGGUGAUACAAUAAGUGACUAGUACUCUACUCUGAAUGCAUACCUGGGUAGCGAUUCAUUCAGCGAGGAUCAAAUAG